CGGCAGCGUGCGAGGGCCCGGCGAAGAGGGGUAGCCGGUGGCGGCGGAACGGGCGGAGGCUGCCGGUUUCGUAACCGUCGCUCCUCCUCGCUGACUCGCGGGCUGCGAGGCCUGGGUCGGGUUGGGCCGCGCCGCGCGGGGCCGCUCGAAGUGGAGGCCGCCUGGGCACAGGCGGUCUGGAGGCGCAGGUACAUGUGAAGAUUUCUUGGCAGUUUAGUGUGGAAGCCAUUGAUCACCUUGCCUCAUUUCUGCCUGUUCUGUGUUGGCAAGGGAGAGUGCCCAAAUGAGCAAGAUCUCGCAGCAGAGCAGUAGUACUCCAGGAGUGAACGGAAUAAGUGUUAUUCACACUCAGGCUCAUGCCAGUGGCUUACAGCAGGUUCCUCAGCUGAUGCCUGCUGGCCCUGGGGGAGGAGGCAAAGCUGUGCCUCCAAGCAAGCAAAGUAAAAAGAGUUCACCUAUGGAUCGAAACAGUGACGAGUAUCGUCAGCGCAGAGAGAGGAACAACAUGGCUGUGAAAAAGAGCCGGUUGAAAAGCAAGCAGAAAGCACAGGAUACACUGCAGAGAGUGAAUCAGCUCAAAGAAGAGAACGAACGGUUGGAAGCAAAGAUUAAAUUGCUGACUAAGGAAUUAAGUGUACUGAAAGAUUUGUUUCUUGAGCAUGCACACAACCUAGCAGAUAACGUGCAACCUAGUAGCACUGAAAACACAACAAAUUCUGAUAAUGCAGGAAAGUAGACCUCACUCCUCCAAACUUCACAACUUGUGGCUUGAACGUUAAAGGUGUGAUUACCUACACCAUUCUUAUCAAUGGCUGAACAUUGUCUUGUUCCAUUAUUCAAAGAUCCACUGAAGGUUUUCUAGGAUCAGCACUGAAGAGUUGAUUAGCUAAAAAUGUUAGCCAUGAAUAUCUGGUUUUAAAUCAUGGAUUUUUGUGGGGAUGAAAACACAAAUUUUUUAGGUAUAUGGUAAAAAAAAAAAUGCCCUGGACCUUGCUGUUCUUAAUAAAUCCCAUUUUCUGAA